UUGAGGAGGUGGAGGCGGAGGCGGAGGCGGAGGCGCCGCCGCGCCCAUGGAUCUCCUGUCACGCUGCGGGUAUUGGAGGAAGGAAGCAAGCCAAAUGCAGGGCUAAAUAUCAGGAUUUAUUUUAAAGAGGAGGUGAUAAUGCACCAUGGCAACAGUCCUCAGAAUGUGCAGCUCCAAAGGUCCAGGUCCUUCACAGGCAGUGAGGGGGAAGACCAGCAGUCCCAUUCAAAUCUGCCCCAAUCCCCUGCAGCUCCAUUUGCGGCUUCAGCAAGCCCAUCUGCACCCCAGUCUCCCAGUUACCAGAUCCAGCAGCUUAUGAAUAGAAGUCCAGUAGCUGGUCAGAAUGUAAACAUUACACUUCAGAAUGUUGGACCAGUAGUUGGAGGAAACCAGCAGAUCACCCUUACCCCUUUGCCAAUCCCCAAUCCAACUUCCCCAGGCUUUCAGUUCAAUUCUCAGCCAAGGAGGUUUGAGCAUGGUUCCCCAUCCUACAUUCAAGUUACCUCCCCGCUGCCCCAACAGGUCCAGUCUCAAAGCCCAACUCAGCCCAGCCCUGGGCCGGUGCAGACAUUACAGAGUGUGCGGGCAGGCACUCCUGGCCCCGGACUGGGGAUUUGCAGCUCCAGCCCCACUGGAGGCUUUGUGGAUGCCAGUGUCCUUGUGAGACAGAUCAGUUUGAGCCCUUCGAAUGGCGGACACUUUGUGUAUCAGGAGGGCUCGGGCAUCGCCCAGAUUGCUCAGGGAGGGCAGGUUCAGCUCCAGCAUGCGGGGGCCCCAAUUACCGUUCGAGAACGCAGACUUUCGCAGCCCCAUACCCAGACAGGUGGCACUAUCCAUCAUCUUGGACCCCAGAGCCCAGUAGCUAGUGGUGCCAGUAUGCAGCCUCUGACUAGCCCCGGUCACAUCGCCACGACUAGCUUGCCACCCCAAAUCAGUAGUAUUAUUCAAGGACAACUGAUUCAACAGCAGCAAGUAAUUCAAGGACAACAGUUAAAUAGACCAAUGGGGUUUGAGAGGCCUUCGGGUGUCUUAAUAUCUGGAGUUGGAGGCUCUUCAGCCUUUGGGAUGACUUCACCACCCCCAGGACCCACCAGCCCUUCUAGAGCCACUGUGCCACAGGGUCUUUCCAACCUUCCUCUGGCUCCUGCAGGAAAUAUAGGAGUGAAAAAAGUACCUAAAAAAUUGGAGGAAAUUCCACCAGCAUCUCAAGAAACAGCUCAAAUGAGAAAGCAAUGUCUGGAUCAUCAUUACAGAGAAAUGGAGGCUCUAAAGGAAAACUUUAAGGAAUAUUUGAUUGAAUUAUUUUUCUUGCAACAUCUUCAAGGGAAUAUGAUGGAUUUCUUAGCUUUUAAGAAGAAAUUGUAUGGACCCUUACAUGCAUAUCUUAAGCAAAAUGAUUUGGAUUUUGAAGAAGAGGAAGAAGAACAAUCUGAAGUCAUUAAUGAUGAGCAAAUGCACACAGGUUCUCCAGUAGCUGGAACUGUGACUACUUUAGAAAUUGAAACAUUUAAGAGACAACAAACAAUGAUCCAAGCAGAUUCACCUAAGAGACCUCGGAUUGAUGUAGGCUGUCAUGGGGUAACUUUUCAGUAUCCAGUCAUGACUUCAGGAGUUCCUCUUCAGCAAUUAAUGCCAACGGUACAAGGCGGAAUGCCUCCCACUCCUCAAGCUGUACAGCUCACUGGACAAAAUCAAAACCAACAGCAGUAUGAUCCAUCCAAAGGUCCUCCUGUGCAGAAUGCUGCAAGUCUACAUACUCCUCCACCUCAGCUUCCUGGGCGGCUGCAGCCUGCCAAUGUCCCAGGCACAUCCCUCCCUUCAACCCUGCAAAUCUCACAGCAGCCCCAGCAGCAGAUGAUGGAGACUCAGCCCCCAGUCCUGGUGAAGACUCAGCCACCCAACGUAUCCAUCCCUGGUGCUCCAGCCAGCCAGCCCCCAGCACUCCUUCCACAGCCUCUCGUGCCAGCACUCCAUGUCCAGAUGCAAGGACAGCCACCUGCACAGGUCUUUCAACCUCAGGCUAUAGUACAACAGCAGACUGUUUCACUGCUGCAACCAUCUGUGGAUCUUGCCCAGGCUUCUCAGCCUCUUCUGGCAGAUUGUCUACCUCCCUCAUCUCUUCCACCGUCAGCUUCUUCAGGCACAGCCUCAACCUUUGAAUAUCCUUUGCAGACAAUUAGUACUUCCCCAGAGACCAAAUCCUUAUCCCCUGUUGUAUCCAAGCCCCCAGGUUUGUCAGUAGCUGUAGCACCAACAAUUCAGACCCCAGAUCAGAAUGCAACGGGCCUGCCCCCGGAGAGUUCCCAGGACAAGCUUGCUGAGCAAAUAAAACUGGAAAACAACACUCAUCAACGAAUUGCAGAGUUGAGAAAGGAAGGUCUGUGGUCUCUCAGACGACUGCCAAAACUUCAGGAGGCCACACGACCCAAAUCUCACUGGGAUUAUCUCCUUGAGGAGAUGCAGUGGAUGGCAACGGAUUUUGCUCAAGAAAGAAGAUGGAAAAUGGCAGCAGCCAAGAAGAUGGUCAGAACUGUGGCUCGUUACCAUGAAGAAAAGAAACUCAAUGAAAUGAGAAACAAAAAGGAGGAACAGAACAAGUUAAGACGUAUCGCUGCGUCAAUUGCCAGGGAAAUUGAGUAUUUCUGGUCUAAUAUCGAACAGGUUGUAGAAAUUAAACUGCAUAUUGAAUUUCAAGAGAAACAAAAACAAGCAUUAAACAUUAAGAAAUGUUCAAGGCAAGGUAAGGACCCAAAGCCACUAGAAGCUAGAGUGAAGAUAGAAAAUGAAAGCAGUAUGAUUUUAUCGCCAGGAAAGAAGAGAAAGGCAAGCACAUCUUUGACUGAUGAGGAAGUGGAAGAUGAGGAGGAGACAAUUGAAGAACAAGAAUCAAAAGAGGCAAAUAUAAACCAUCAAGCAGAGCUGUGCCGCUUAGUCCGAGAAGCUGAAUUGCCUUUGGAUGAUUUAGUCAAGUUAUAUGAAGGUGCUUUUGUGGGAAGUUUCAAAUGGCCACAGUCUGUAUGUGACAGUGAAGAGACUACUAGUGAAGAAGACCCAGAAGAGACCACCGGUGCCGGAGAAAAGAAGGAAGUCGUGGUCAUAGAUUCGCUCCUCAGCACUGGGCAGUAUCGAGGGGCGGAGAGGGCCAGUCCUGGCAAGAAGCAGGCCAGAGACAUCGCAGAGGUGGUGGCGGCCGCAGAAACCCUGUUACCCAAGGGCAGCGCCCGCAUCACAACCGCGGUAAAGUUCACUGCCCCAUGCUUAUUAUAUGGGGUUCUCAGAGAGUACCAGAAGAUUGGGCUGGACUGGUUAGCCAAACUCUACAGGAAGAAUCUCAAUGGCAUCUUGGCUGAUGAUGCUGGGCUUGGCAAGACGGUGCAGGUUAUUGCCUUUUUUGCACAUCUCGCGUGUAAUGAAGGUAACUGGGGCCCCCACCUCAUUGUGGUUAGGACUUGUCAUAUAUUGAAGUGGGAACUUGAAUUGAAACGUUGGUGCCCUGGUUUGAAGAUUCUUCUUUAUUUUGGUGGCCAAAGAGAACUUAGAGCAAAGAGACAGGAAUGGACUGAACCCAACAGCUUCAACGUAUGUAUCACCUCCUACAAGCACUUCUUUAAAGGGCACCAAGCCUUUGCCAAAGUGAGAUGGAAGUACCUGGUUGUCGAUGAAAUGCAGCAGAUCAGGAACAUGACAGAAAAACACUGGGAGGCACUUUUCAGUCUCCAGAGUCAACAUCGUUUGCUCCUGAUUGACACGCCUUUACAUAAUACCUUGAUGGAAUUGUGGACUAUGGUGCACUUUCUGAUUCCUGGGAUUUCAAGACCAUAUUUGGAUUUUCCAGUGAAAGCUGCUAAUGAAGAGAAUCAAGAUUAUUGUCAUAAACUUGUCAUAAGGUUGCACAGAAUGAUACAGCCAUUUAUUUUACGAAGAUCAAAGAGAGAUGUUGAAAAGCAGCUCAGUAAGAAAUACGAGCAUGUGUUAAAGUGUCGCCUUUCUAACCGCCAGAAGGCCUUGUAUGAUGAUGUGAUCCUCCAACCAGGAACUCAGGAAGCUCUCAAGAGUGGACAGUUUGUCAGUGUCUUACAUGUCUUGAUGAAGCUGCAGAGGAUCUGUAAUCAUCCUGACCUCAUUGACCCCAGGCUCUCAGGUGCUUCAUAUGUGCUGGAAGCCCUCGAGUUCAGGACUGCUGCCGCCAUUGUGCAGGCACUGGAGCGUGGGCUCUGGAAGGACACUGACAUGUCUAUAUUUGAUCUGAUUGGGGUAGAAAAUAAAAUGACGCAUUAUGAAGCCCAGGUGCUACCCAAACAAAAGAUAAGCAGGAAGCUGAUGGAGGAGAUCUACACCUCACCUGUGCCCCAGUCAAGGCCCCGGCCUGUCAAGAUCAAGCCCAACAGGUUGUUCCAACCAGUGCAGUAUGGACAGAAGCCGGAGGGCAAAACAGUUGUUUUUCCAAGCCCUCAAAUACAGCGUAUGGUCCCCACAGCCCCCAGAGGCCAGUCACAAGUGCGAGGAAGAUCCCCCAUUGUAGAUCAAACGGCCGCAGCACAGUUUCAGACAUCUCAGGCUCUUCCCGGUGCUCCAAGACACCAGCCAGCAGCGACCUUCACCACAGCAACUAGCACAGCCAAUCCUGUGAAACAGCGGGGUCAGAACUCGGCCCAGGCCUCCCAGCUAGGCCAGACCCAGCCCCAGCCCCAGGCCCCCUCGCACACCAUCCAACAGAGUGUGCUUCCUCAGAGGCUGGUACUGACCUCUCAGGCCCAGGCACGGUUGCCUAGUGGGGAGGUGAUGAAGGGUGCUCAGCGGGCUCCUUUCGCAGCAACUCAAGGCAGGAUAGCUCAGCCAGAGAGUCCCGUGACCCUGCAGUUUCAGGGCAAUAAGUUCACCCUGUCCCACAGUCAGCUCUGCCAGCUCACUGCUGGCCAGCCUCUGCAGCUUCAAGGAAAUGUUCUUCAGAUUGUUUCUGCACCAGGACAGCAGUAUUUGCGUCCCCAAGCCUCUCUUGUUAUGCAAACCAUGCCUCAGACUGGAACUGGGCAAAAUGCUCCCAGCACUCUAGGAAAUCAGCAUCAAGGACAUAUGCUAGGUUCUACAGCAGUUGCUCACCAAGCUGGUACACCCAGCAGAACUGCAGUUGUUAACCUGUCUUCUGGGGAACAAAGAAUCAUAUCCAAAUCAGCAGGAACUCAAACCCAGAUAUCAUUGGCAGAAAAAAGCAGACUUUUAAAAGAGCGUCUCGAUAGGAUAUUUUCUGGCAAUGAACGGCGUUGUUCCAGAGCUCCUGUUUAUGGCAAAGAUGUGUUGGGAAUUUGCUCAUUAUUUGGGGAAAGGAAGGCACCUCAGCAUUAUUACCCUGCAGACAAAUGGAGGUGGGCCGGCUUAGUGAAUUGUUGUCCUUCCUCGGGCACACCAGAAAGUUCAGCAGACCCAUUGCAGUAUCUGAGACUGACAUCACAUCAACAGAAUGAAUGUCUACAGGAUGCCAUUAAAAGGGUGCUCCGAGUGCUUCCAGCCGUGAUCGCUGCACCCCCCUACCUCUGCAUGUCAAAUCCUUCUCCAUCCUACAGCCAGAAAAUGAACCUCUUCAGACAUAACCUCAAGCUGGAGCUGGCUCCUUAUUUACAACAACUGCAGCGGAUAGCAGCUCCUCAUUCAUUAGAAUUCCCUGAUCUCCGGCUGGUACAGUGUGAUUCAGGCAAAUUAGAAGCUCUGGCAGUCUUGCUGCAGAAACUGAAAUCAGAAGGCCGGCGAGUACUAAUUUUGUCCCAGAUGAUUUUGAUGCUAGAUAUCUUGGAGUUAUUUUUGAACUUUCAUUUCCUUACAUUCAUCAGAAUUGAUGAAUAUGCCAGUUAUGAGCAGCGUCAGGAACUGAUGAAGAGUUUCAACAGAGAUAAGCGGAUAUUUUGUGCCAUUCUUUCCACCCACAGUCGCUCUACUGGUGUCAAUCUUGUAGAAGCUGACACAGUUGUAUUUUAUGAUAAUGACUUAAAUCCAGUGAUGGAUGCAAAGGCACAAGAAUGGUGUGAUAGAAUUGGAAGAUGCAAGGACAUCCACAUAUACAGGCUUGUAAGUGGUAAUUCCGUAGAAGAAAAGCUGUUGAAGAAUGGUACCAAAGACUUAAUUAGAGAAGUAGCAGCUCAAGGAAAUGACUAUACCAUGGCAUUCUUAACUCAGCAAACUAUCCAGGAACUUUUUGAGGUCCAUUCUCCUGUGGAUGAUACUGGCUUCAGAGUGAAAGCUGAGGAAUUUGUUCUUCUCUCUCAGGAAUCUUCUGUAGCUGAAACAAUUGCCCCCAAGGUUGCAAAACCUUUUAUAGAGGCUUUGAACAGCAUCGAACAAGAGGAUGAAGAAGAUCCAGUCAGACACACAGAGGAAAUAAGAACAGCUGAAAUGGAAUCUUUCCCAACAGCUUUCAUCUCAGACCUGGAUGACUUAAAAUGCGAUGAAGAGCCUUCACAGAGAGAGGAAUUAUUUGCAGUUGUUGACCAACUUACUCCUAUAGAGAAAUAUGCAUUGAAUUAUCUGGAGCUCUUCCAUGUUUCUGGUGAUGAGAGUGGACAAAAAAUAAUAGAGAGGAAAUUGAAGAAUGUGAAGAAAAUUUGGGAACUACAUCAUAUGAGAGAAUUGAAGGAAAAAGCAGAAAGCAUGUUUCUAGAGGAGGAAGAGGAGUUAUUGACUUACACGAGGGAAGAUGCCUAUAGUAAGGAAUAUGUUUAUGAAAGUCCAGAUGGACAAACUGAGAUAAUGCCACUUUGGACCCCUCCCACUCCGCCUCAGGAUGACAAUGAUAUUUACAUCGAUCCUGUCAUGUGUUUAAUGUAUGAAGCUACUCCCCUCCAGGAGUCUCAGCUGCCACCUGUGUAUGUGAGGAAGGAGCACAAACAACCCAAAGCAGAGCCCUCUGCUGCUGGUCGGAAGAAGAAGCAGCGGUAUGGGGAGACUGUCAUUCCUCCUCGAUCCCUCUUUGACCGGGUGACUCCAGGGGUGUCUAAGACGCGCCGAGAGAGCAAAGAGCAGAAGAAGAAUAUUCUGUUGAAACAGCAGACCCAGUUUACCAAAUCUUCACCAACAGCAGAGUCUGGGCAGGACAGCCCCGAGUGGCUCAUUAGUGAAGACUGGGCAUUGUUGCAGGCUGUAAAACAGCUGCUCGAACUUCCUUUAAAUCUUACUAUUGUGUCACCAGCACACACCCCAAAUUGGGAUCUUGUAAGUGAUUUUGUCAACUCCUGUAGUCGAGUUUAUCGCUCUCCCAAACAGUGUCGAAACCGCUAUGAAAAUGUCAUCAUUCCAAGGGAAGAAGGGAAGCUUGUGUUUGAAGUGAACCCUAAAAAGAAGGCCAAAAACAUCUAUAAGACCAAGAAUAGUCGUCCUCUUCGCACUAACCAGGUCUAUGCCCAAGAUGAAGGUUCCACUCGUACCCAACUUUAUACCAGUCAUUUUGAAAUGGCAAAAGUGAUUGCAGGAAAGAGAAGUCCCCUGAGUAAGCCCUUGCUUGGAAUGAAUCCUUUCCAGAAGAAUCCCAAACAUGCAUCAGUAUUUGCUGAAAGUGGAAUCACUUAUGACAAGCCCCUGCCUCCGAUUCAGGUUGCUUCCCUACGUGCCGAACGUAUUGCUAAGGAGAAAAAGGCUUUGGCUGAACAGCAGAGAGCUCAGCAGCAAACAGGGAUACAGCUUCAACCACAGCAGCAGCAGAGCACCCAGCAACAAACCCAGCAAGCAGUUGGACAGCAACAACAGCAGCCUCAGCCCCAACCCCAGCCCCAAUCCCAACCUCAACCCCAGUCUCAGUCCCAACCCCAACCCCAGCCCCAGCCCCAGUCUCAGCCUCAGUCUCAACCCCAAUCCCAAUCCCAAACCCAAACCCAAACCCAACCCCAGCCCCAGCCACAGGUAUUCCAGCAGCCCGCAGCAUUAGUGCAGCCUACAGCAACUACUGUAGCCAGCUCUACAGUCUUGGCUGGAACAAUCAAACCUGCAGUCACAGGAACAAGCAUCCAGACAGCUACUGUGAAUGGAAAUGUCAUUGUGAACACAGUUGCUGGCAUCCCAGCAGCUACAUUCCAGCCCAUCAAUAAGCGGCUUGCCUCGCCAGCUAUACCUGGACCACUGGCAGCUUCAGGAGGUGGCACUCCUGCUCCAGUGGUUCAUAGCCAGCCUCGGCCCGCUGCCACACCUGCUGCUUCUGCCGAGCUCCUCUCUGUUGCGUCUACACAGGGGGUGCGAGCAGUCACUCCUAUCCCAGCGUCCACGGUGGGCAUGACUAACCUGACCCCUGUGCAGGCUCAGACAAGGUCAUUAGUGACUCAGGUAACACAAGGGACAGCCACAGGAGUUCAGCUUUCCAGCAAAACUAUCACUCCUGCUCACUUUCAACUUCUCAGGCAGCAGCAGCAGCAACAGCAGCAGCAGCAAACAACAACUCAGGAGCACCCGCUCAAGCUGCCCAAGCACAAGCUGGCCGCCCAAGCCGCGCCUCAGCUGCCCACUGCGGCAGGACCACACACAGCUCCGGCGCCGCUGCCCGCUGUGCUGCCACCGGCCCCGCCCCCCCAGCUCGCCGGGGCCCAAGCCCCUAGGUCCGGAAGUGUGCUGGCCGGCACCACUGUGGCCAACCUGCAAGUGGCUCGCCUGACCCGGGUGGCUACUUCCCAGCUUCCAGCUCCAGGACAGAUUGCCCCCGCAGCUGCUGCCAAAUCCCCUGUGACGUCCUCGCAGGCAGUCACAGCCCUCCCAGGGAACAGGACAGCAAUUGGGGGGGCUCUCAGCCCACCCCAGAAAGCCACAGGUCCGACAGUAGUUGCUCAGCCGCUGCAUGUCCAACAGCUUCUGAAACUCAAAAACCACCAGCAACAGAAAGUCAUUCAGCCUCAGAGUCAGAAGAUCAGUGCACAGCAUGUUACUGUCCAGGCCCAGCAGCAGAAAGUGGCUUAUGCUCAACCCAGCAUUAAAACCCAGUUCCUGAAGACACCCCUGCCCCAGGCCCCAAAACCCACAGGAGCCCAGCAAGUGCCAGCCCCGGUAAAGGUUACAAAGAUUCCUCAAGUUGUUCAACAACAAACAGCUGUGGCCAAUCUUCAACAGAUGGUCUCUGUUUCCCAGCAGGUUCAACCUCAACAACAAACUAUGUCCCAGACCACAGUCGGUCCACACCAAGUACAAGUGCUCCCUGCAACAUCAAUGGCUCCUCAGGCAGUUCAACAGAAACUUGUACAGCACCAAGUCGUGACCCCUGCCACGCCACAGCUGCAGGUCCCUGGGGGACCCAACCCUGGACAGGUCCCUCCAGCCUCAGAAGGGCAAAGUCAGCAAUCCAAAGGGCAUAUGCAGAUGUCUGCGGUCAGAUUAAAGGCACUGUCCAAAUCCAACUAAAGGGGUGCCUGAUUGUGGCCAGUCAGAGAGAAUUUGGAAAUGCCAGAGAACAGGCAGUCAUCUGAUGUCAUGAAGCACUUUUAAAGUUACAUUUUAAUCUUUAAUUGUACACAAAACUCAAAAAGGUUGGGAAGGAAAUUGUCAAAAUCUUUUUUUUUUCGUUGUUUAAAAAAAAAAAAAAGAUGAUUCUUGCUCUUAUUGGACCAUCAUUUCUAAGCAUUGAUUCAAACUACAUAAAGAAUUUUCAUUUUAAGAGUUCCACAGAGCUUGUUAGAAACAUUCUCUACCCUCUUAGAAGUGGAUGGUCUAGUAUGACAGCCUAAUAUCAUAGGCCAUUUCUUCUGUUUGUUCACAAGUGGGAUGGCCUGGGCUGAGCUGCGAGCUUCUGGAUCAAACUGGUCACCCUUCUCUUACAUAAGCAUUCCCUCCUAGAAUAAGUCUGGGUGUAAUGUGAUCUCUUAAAUCUGUAGUCCGUCAGUGUGACCAUCUGCGCCUAGCACUGCUUUGCACAUUAGUAGGUGCCUAAUAAAUGUUUGUUGAAUUGAAUCUGGAUGUAUAGUUAAAAUUUUAACGAAAGUUCACUUUCUGUUCUUGUAAUUCUUUUGAGCUGUUAGUUUUGUGUACCUUUCCUGAAGCUGUAUGUGUGCGUGUGUGUGUGUUUGCUUUCAUUCAUUUUGUGAUAAUGGUUAUUCUUGGAAUGUAAUGAGUGUGUUGAUCCUAGUUCUAUGUAUAGUAAAACUGUAACCUUUUUGUAAAAGGAGUAUUCACUUUGUAUCUUGGAAAAUUUCCUAUUUGUCUAGUUUGAUACUUCCAGUUUGGGAGAGUUUUUAACUGCUGGGGUUUAAUUUAAGUUUCAUUUGCUUUUGUGAUGUUUCUGUGUUCAGUAUAAAAUCUAUUCAGCCUUCAGCUGGGGAAGAGAGGAAAGUAAACAAAACUCAAGAUUAAUUCUGAGCUGUGCAAAAAAUACACUUUUAUAUGAUUAUUUUACUAAAGUGAAUAAGAAUUAUGAAUGUAUAUUCAGGUAGAUGUUUGGAGGAUGAGGUCACAGUCUAUUACUAAUCUAAAGGAGCCUGCCUCAUUUUAAAAGAAAUGAUAAAAUAUAUUGUAUGGUCCUAAGACUUAUCCACAUAUGAACCUUUUAAAAUAAAGGCUGCUUACUUAAGAGGGUCAAAGGGCUCUUCUUAAAUUGGUCCUGCUCUUUUCUUUUCAUGUGACUGUGACGAGAAUUUUUUCCAUUGCAUUUGAUAAAGUGGAUUUUUAAAAAGCAUUUUUCCCCUUUAGUGUGGGAUUAUUUGUUUCGGUGGUAGCUUAAUUAAAAAUAAAAGCAUUUUUGCUUUACAAAACAACUUUAAGGAUAUGACAAUAUUACUGAUGUGAGGUGAGAUGGUAAAGCAAGAGACAGAGCUCAGUUUAAAGGAGGAAAUACAUGUCCAGUGGUUCUGGUAUAGAUUACAAUUGUUAGGUCUUCUGGGUAUUGGAAUGUUUUCCAGUCUGUUUCCCUUCUCUAGGUCACUCAGUUACCAUGUUUCCCCGAGUGUGAAAUUAUUCUUUGCCAUCCAUUUAUCUUUUAGAUGGACAGUGAAAUAGAUAGAUUCAAGGUGCCAUUUGAGUUGGUUAAAUUUGGCCACAAAAGAAACAUUUUGCAUCCCUGGCAUAUUGGUGCCCAUUUUAGAAUCAUGCCAAGGUAUCCUGUCUUUGCUUUGGAACAGAUGGCUGUGUCCUGCACAGAUCAGUAUCACGGUCUGCCACAGGCAGCUGGUUCUGUGGCUCAUUCAUUGAUCAGCAAAGAUGGAAACACCUUUCUUAACUUUUAAAAAAUAGUCUCUUUCCCAGGAAUCAACUGGUACCAGGAAGGCAGGGCCAAGUCUAAAUUACUGACGAAUGUGGGCGCUCGUACUCACUAUGUAGGAUUGUAUGGAAUUGUGAUGUAUCCUACCAAACAGAGAGUGUAAUAAAGUGUACGUUUUUAUA